AAAGAUUCUUUAUAUCUGUGCUCUGAUUACUUUCACAAAUUUGAAACAUUUUCCUCAUUGUAUGAAUAUAGAGCACCUGGAAGUGAAGUAUACUGAAAGAAAUGCUGGCUUAUUUGGGAAAGGAGUAAUUUUGUUGUCUUUAACAUAAGAAUCCAGAAGGUCUGACCAGGCCUAAAGGUUAGCCAUCCAGACUCAUAAUCUGCUUGAGGAGGAGCUACACCUCCCUGCACCUUCAGGGGUUCACCCAUAUUUGCACUAGUAGUGAAUUCCAUCCUGUUAGACAUUUCUGGGUGGCCUUCUGCCUUUCCAAUGGAGGCCUUUUUGUUGGGUGAAAUUUAUUCUUUGAUAUUUCAUUUAAAUAACUUCGAUGGCUAUAAUUCUAUGGAAGCAGGUUACAUUUGGGGCUUGCAGAAGGUUCCCAAACAGUGCAUCGCUAGAUCUUUCUGUCUAAUGGAAAUUUAUGGCAGUGAAAAAGCAAUGUUCCUUUAUAAUGUUGUAGAAUUUGCUGAUAUUUAAUUACCUUAGCUCUAGAAAAAGGAUAUUGUGUGAUGAGGGCUGGUUGGAGGAAAAAUAGUACCAGCCUCUGUGCUGCUUCAUGCAUUUAAUUCUCAGUGGUGGCAGGAACGUGUGACGGGAGAAGGGAUCUCAGCCGAGUUCUGCUGUUGAUCCAAUUGCCCCUGAAAUGUAAGUUAAACUCUCAGAAAGGAAGGAGGAUGUUUUCUAGCUCAGGGCCCGUUGUGAUUUUGCAGGUUAUCUCAUUAAGCUACUUCAGAUCUGCAGGAGGUAUGAAGUGCCCUUGAUUUCCUGCAAUAAUUCUGUGAUGUUCAGAAAACAAUAAAUUACCCUUUUUGAAUGAAAUGCUACUGGGGAUGCCCGGGGCGGGAGUCCCUGUCCGGGGCGGGGCGGGGGUCCCGGGCGCCGCCUCCCCGGGCCCGGCGCUGGCGGCGGGAGCCCCCCCGCGGGGCCGGGCUCCGCCCGAUCGGGCGCAGCGCGGGGGCCCGAGGAAGGCGGCGCGGCGGGGGCAGCCCGCAGGAUGGGCGGCAGAGCCGGCUUCUUCGAGGUGGAAAUCCUUGAUUGGAAGACGAAGAAACAGCUAUGCUUCCUAGAUAAGGUGGAACCAAAUGCCACAAUUCGGGAGAUCAGAUUGAUGUUCCAUAAAUUAUAUCCUCGGUGGUAUCCAGCAAGGCAGUCGAUAAAACUUGAUCCAAAAGGAAAGUCCCUGAGGGAUGAGGAUAUCCUGCAGCACCUCCCUGUUGGCACAACUGCUACCUUAUACUUUAAAGAUUUAGGGCCACAGAUAGGAUGGACGACGGUAUUUUUGAUAGAAUAUACAGGUCCAUUGUUCAUCUAUUUUCUGUUUUAUUUCCGCAUGCCUUUUGUCUAUGGACUGGAUGAGAGGUUUACAUCAAGCCCGCAUCCAGUAGUUAACUUGGCAUGUAUCUGCCAUUCUUUCCACUACAUCAAAAGGUUGAUUGAAACAGUAUUUGUUCAUCGGUUCUCCCAUGGGACUAUGCCACUGAGGAAUAUUGUGAAGAACUGCUUGUAUUACUGGGGAUUUGCAGCUUGGCUUGCUUAUUACAUCAAUCAUCCUCUUUACACUCCUCCUUCUUAUGGGAAAAAACAGAUAAAUUUUGCUGUGAUCAUGUUUCUGCUGUGUGAAGCUGGAAACUUUUCCAUUCACGUUGCACUCAGUGACCUCCGGAGAAAUGGAUCCAAAAUCCGUAAGAUCCCAUAUCCAACAAAGAAUCCUUUCACAUGGCUGUUUUUCUUUGUAUCUUGCCCAAACUAUACAUAUGAGGUGGGGACCUGGAUCAGUUUCACUAUCAUGACUCAGUGUGUUCCAGUCGGACUGUUCACCUUGCUUUGCUUCAUUCAGAUGACAAUCUGGGCAAAGGAUAAACACUGCACCUACCUACGAGAAUUCAAGGAUUAUCCAAGUCUUCGAAUGCCAAUUAUUCCCUUUUUGUUGUAAGAAAAGAAAGGUUUGAUUUGAAUAUUGCACGGAACUUCAAGAAGAAAAAGCUCAUAAACCUGCUGCCAAAUAAGUGAAUUAAUUUAAAGGAUUCUGGUGCAUGUUGAAUCUCCACUGCUGAGGGAAACUGUAUGCACUUGAAAGCUACACCUCCUUACAUUCAAGAAUUCUCAGCUCAGAAGCACCUUCAAAGAAUAUGGCUUCAUCGCACAGCUGGUAGUCAAAAGCCCCUGCAGUUCACUGUAACCUGAUUGACUUAGAUUUUCCUGUACUACUCUAUUUAGAUUGAUGGAUCAGAGAUACUGAGAAGUCUGUGCUGAAAAGCAGCUCCAAAUUUAGCAGCGGCAUUCUGCAAGACAUAAGUAGCUUGGAACGGGGACAUACCAACUAACAACUAGGCAGCUCACAGCCAGCUGGCCUGAAGGCAGUUUCAUGAUUGGCCGCCUUUGACUUGAAAAAGAGCGUGUGCUGCCUGGAGGCAGGUGCUUUGUAACAAAUAACAUUACCAAAGAAUACGAAUGGUUCCUGGAAUAAAGAAAUAGGCAAUAUCUCAAAUACCUGAUUUGGGUCUAACCCCUAAUUUGCCAAAAGAAUCUGAAGUAAGAUGUGUUUGUAGUAUUUGCGGAUGUAACAGCCUGUGUUGUUGGGAUUUUUUUUGUUCGUUUUUAGACUGUUUCAUUAGGAAAUUGCAUACUAGUAAAUAAGGUUGGGGAGAUCUGAUCUCUGCUGUAUCUGUGAUAUUUGGCCUGUUUUCAUAGAACGAAUCCUUAUGACACUAAAGGACCUUUUACCAAGCGUUCUACGUCAGCAUUGUCUGAAUAAUUUGUAAUACACUUUGCAAAUACAUGAAGUGACUGCAAGUCCUCAGAGCGCUAGCUCCCUUCCUAUUUUCAGAGCCAAGGAGAAAAAUCAGCUACAUUUUGGACUUCCUGCGUUUCCUUUUUCACAAGAUGUUCAGUGGGACUUAGUUGGGCUUUGUGCAAAUCUAGUAAAAAAAAUAAAAGACUAUUACAAUCAGUCUGAAUGACAUUUUUAAAAAGCUGUUUUAGAAUAUGAAGAGAAUGCGUAGAUACUGUUUUGUUUCAUGAUUAAUUUAUUUAUCUAUAAUGGAUGUAUAGAAAGAUUUUUGCAACUAUUUGUAAGGGUGAAAUAUGCAAUAAAUUCUAGACUGUAUUUUGAAAUAA